AUGGAUGGGUCUGAUGAUGAGCAGGUACCUGAGCAAGUAGAGUUUAAUGCUAAGAGUGACAUGAGAAAUGUUGUACUGAAGAAGGAGAUGAAGUUCCCUAAUGCAAAGGUGUUUAAAGCUGCUUUGAGGGAGUAUGCAAUCAAAAGACCUAUUGACAUCAAAUUCAAGCUUAAUGAGAAGACCAAGAUAUCAGUUCACUGCAAGAAUGGGUGUGGGUGGAGAUGUUAUGCAUCUCAAAUAAGUGGAGAGCUAACAUUUCAAAUUAAGACCUUGACUGAUGACUGUACUUGUCCCAAGUCUUUCAAAAACAGCCAAGCAACAUCAGCUUAUGUCGCUAAGAGGUUCAUUGAGGAUUUUAGCAAAAAUCCAAAUUGGGAGGUGAGUGGUGUACACAACCAUGUGAUGCAAAAUUUAUCUGUUGACCUAAGUGUAAACCAAGUGUAUAGGUCAAAGAGAAAGGCAAAGGAUUUGAUAAAUGGAGAUGAACAACUGCAAUAUGGUGUCCUUAGGGACUAUGCACAAAUGAUAACCACUGUAAACAAGGGGAGUAGGGUUAUACUGCAGACAGAAAUGGCUGAGGAGACUUCCCAGCCAAAAUUUAAGAGGAUAUUUGGUGGGCAAAUCUUAUCUACCAUUGCCAAGGAUGCAAAUGACAACAUUUUUCCAGUAGCCAUGGCUGUUGUGGAACAAGAAACCAGGGAGUCUUGGAUAUGGUUUUUUGAAAUUUUUGUUGAUAAUAUAGGGAGGCCAGAGGAGCUUCAGUUGGUCUUCAUUUCUGAUAAGCAAAAGGGGCUUAUACCUGCAAUAGAGACACUAUUCCCUACCGUGGAGCAUAGAUACUGUGUGAAACACAUCUACAACAAUUUCAAAGUUGAUCACAAGGGAUUGGAGCUGAAGGAUGCAUUGUGGAGGUGUGCUGCUGCCACAACAGUAAGGGAGUUUGAGAGAUGCAUGCAGUACAUAAGGGAUUUUGAUGAAAAGGCAUAUGAGUAUCUUGCAAACAUUGCAUCUGCACAGUGGACAAGGUCACACUUCACUCCUAGGGCCUUAACAGAUUGUUUGGUAAAUAAUUUGAGUGAGUCUUUUAAUGCAAUGAUAUUGAAGUCUAGGGACAAGCCUAUCUUGGCAAUGUUGGAGUGGAUUAGGGUUAGACUUAUUACUAGGCUUUACACAAAAAGGGAAGGGAUACAGAAGUAUGCUGGAAAGUUGUGUCAAAGCAUACAAGAUAGGUUCGAGAAAUUGAAGGUUGAAAGUAAGGCAUUUAGUGCUACCCCAGCUGGUAGUUUCCUUUAUGAGGUAGGCAGUCAGUAUGAGAGGCAUGUAGUUGAUUUGGUGAAGAAGACAUGUAGCUGUAGGUCUUGGGAUUUAAAUGGCAUUCUCUGCAAACAUGCCAUAACAACCAUUUAUACAAACAUUGAGACACCAGAAGACUAUACCCACCCAUGCUACUUCAAAUAA